AUGAAGUCGCCCGAAAGUGUGCUGGAUUCGGCUGCAGCUUUCGUGAAGAGACCCAGUGUGAAUGUUGAAGUGCAAGUGGAUAGAGUGAGCACACCUGUCGUCAGUCUGACCACACACAAGUUAGAACGGAAGGCGGUCGAGAAGAGUCUGUGUACCAGCUGUGGACAUCGGUACGUGAAUACCGAAGAGACGGCUUGUCAGACCGUUCAGCCCAAGAUCGAACCGGUUCCUGUGUCUGUGAGUGCGCCUGUCACUCCUUCUCCUGUGUUUUCUGUUCCUACUGCUGUUUCUUCUCCUCGUGAUGCUUGUGUUUUUGUCGCUCCUUCGGUUUUCGAUUGUUGGUCUCAAUGUAAUUUGGUUACUUCACUUGUUACUCCUCCUCUUGUAUCUUCUUCUGAUAUUUUUGAUAAUGCCUCACGUCUCUCCAAUGCACUUGUAGAUUCCUUCUGCAAAUCAGUCAUUAACCGCUCUACGGUUGGAAUUCUUACUGAUGCUGUACCGUCUCUUCCUCGUGAACGAAAACUUUCAAACCUUAUCGACACGUCUGCAUACUUCCUUAUUGAUCAUGAAUUUAUUUCUUUGCCAAUUCAGGAUGAAGAUGUUCCACUCGACUCUGGUGACCUUGAAUGGGAGUUAGUUGAUGAUAAUUUGAAAGAAUUACAUCGUAGUUUAGUGAACAGUUCUGUUCAAACUGAGGACUCAUAUAUGCGCAAGCCAGAGACCCGAAAGGAUUAUUCUCCCCCUUUUGCUGUCAGCCAAAUACCCAGCGUUAACAGGAAAAACUUUGCAGUCCAGUAUAUAUACGAGCCAAUACAAGAUAAUGCUAGUUGUCAAACACAGCUAAUGACAACUGAUAUAAUUCAGAAACAGAUUAUUCAUAACGAAGAUGCUGAAACCAUGACUGAUGAUAUAGAGCCAAAAGUUGCUAUCUUACUUCAAAACAUAAGUUCUACAGAUAUAAGAGAACGUUUAAUUGAACGUUAUUACUACACUGCACCAAGCAGUACCACAUUUAUGACUGACGCAGAAAUUCAAGUUAAUCUGACAAGCUCUGUUUACAAAGAAUAUUCAAAGGACUCCUACAUGAAAGAGACUUCGACAGAGCAUCGUAUAGAAACUGAGAAUAUAGAACUCGAAGAAUCGAGUGGACAUGAUGCUAGUGAUCAAGGUGUAUUAGGCACUUCAUAUUCACGAUACAUGAAGCGUUUGCUUCAAGAAAGUAGUGAAGCUGAAGUUUGGGAGAAACGUGCCCCGAUGCAUUCUGUCUAUGAACAUUAUCAAAGCCGUCGGCAGUAUGGGUCAGUACGUGAACAGGCUUCUAUGGCUAUGGAAGAGCCCGUUGCUGCAGCAGAUGUUGGCAUUCAAAUUGUGUUCGAUUCACCUCCACAUACUUCAUCGUCUGAAUCCGAAAUAUCAAGGUCCGAAUCACCGCUUAGUGGAUCCAGUUACACCUACGAAGCAUAUUUGAUUCGCUCAAGACUAGGACAAGUAUGUGAAGUCCAGUGUCAGUUCUGUCCUACACAUAUACCAACAGCAUCACAAACAGAUCAUUCUGGAAUUUCUAUGCAAACUGAAAGAUAUGAAAAAUUAAAGGAAGAUAUUUUUGAAAACUAUCAAAGAAGGCUGAUAAAAGAUCAAAUCGCUGAAGCGUGGACUCAAGUUGACCAAGAAUCCUACACAGAAUCUCGAGUGGAACAAGUUAGUGAACCUAUCGACGUAAUUGAAGAACGUUUCUUGGAGAUAACUGAGAAGAAAAGUAAAAAGGUUUAUAGCCAAAUAAAGGUAACUGAGGAAUUCACUGAGGAAGAGGAUUUGAUUGUUUGUGAAUUAGGUGUACAAACAGAUCCAUUCUAUGAUCAACAGCACCAUAUCAAACCAAAAGGAAUUCAUGCCUCAAUGGAUUUACGUGAAGAAAGUACCAGACAUCUAAAUACUACGGGUAUUCAAACAUCAGUCAUUCGUCUAGACAGUAUUAUCUUCUCAGGUGAUUUAGAAUGGGCUGAUGAAGAUCUGCGUGAAGUAAUUAGGAUGGGAAUUAGAUUGCUUCGAUCUGAUAAGCAUGAAAGUGAAGAUAUAUCUGUGUCAAAAUAUAAGUCUCAUCAUUUGAGUAGUUACGCCAGAUUACCGACUGAUGCUACUGGAAAGGUCCUUAUCAGUAGCGGCACACAAGUAAUUCCCAUAGAAUCAGAUUUAGAGGAAAAGUUCCAGAAGGAGUGGCAAUCAGAAGCUAUUUCUUUCCAUGAAUCUGCAGAACCCUUAGAAUCCGAUCAUAUCGUGGAAAAGGUUGGAAUGCUUACUGAGGAAAUUCACCACAUGUCGAAAAUUUUAGUUCAGCUACGUCAACGAACAUUACAAUAUGAAUUAUUUGAAUCCCAAUAUUCAACAUCUUGUAUACAUUGGAAUAAUAUUCGUGAAGUAGCCAGUCCAAGAACAGGAUUAUUUGCUCCAGUUGCAAUGGCAAUAAGGAGAGGAUGGAUACGACUUGGUGAAGCAAAUGAAUAUGUCGAUCCAAUGACUGGAGUCGCUAUUCCAUUAAAAACAGCUUAUCAACAAGGACGUAUACGAUUAACUAGUUCAUCAAGUCAUUAUGAUAGAAAUAUUAUUACAAAUACACCGGUAUUAUUAUUAAUUGAAAGAGUAUACUAUAGUUGGUGUAAAGCUUAUUUAACAAGCGUGGUUGAUACAGCUACAGGUGAAGUACUAUCUCCUGAUGAAGCAAUAGCAAAUGGUAUACUUGAAACAACAGAAGAAGAGAUACGUCUAUUAGAUAGUUUAACCAAUACAUGGAUAACUAUAGAAGAAGGUGCUGGUCGACAAAUAAUACAAUUAGAACCAUCAACUCCUACAACAGAAUCUAUGGAAGAUGAAUUAGAUGAACCAGUUAGUUGUAAAGUUUAUCAACUAACUCAUAUUUGUCCUGGUGGUGAACCAUCUCCUUGGCUAGGUCCAUUAGAAGCUGUACGUUUAGGAUUAUUAAAUUGGGAAACUGGAGAAGUUGCAGCUGAUUGGCCAGCUAGACCAAUGUUACGCAGUAUGAGUUCUACAGGGCAUUUAUCAUCAGAAGAUUUUAUUCCAACUAAAUGGUGUAGUUUUCUGACUGCAAAACAAGCUGGUUGGUUAAGAUUUAUUGAAGAAACAGAACCUCAACGUUAUAUAACAACAUCAGGUACACCGAAUAAAGAACCAGGAUCACUUCUUUUAUCAACACAAGUUAAUCUUUUAGCUCCAUCUCAAAUAUCUCUAAAUUAUGAACAAGAUGAUAUUGAAGACAGUUAUCAUCGUCAACAUAAUCGACAUCAUCAACAUGAAUUCAAUAUACCAAGAACUAGAUCAGAAGAUAUUUAUACUACUAGAGAUAUGAGUUCAUCGAAUUUAUAUCGUCCAAUUGAUAUAUUAGCUGGUCCAAGAAGUGCAUCAUGUACUCGAGUUGAUAUAACAUCAUCAUCAUUCUAUAAUGAUUAUAGAGUUAUGCCAUCACAUUUACAAGUAAGACGUGAAACUGAUGAACAUUCAUGGACAAGUGAAACACAAGUAUGGGAUGAAUAUCAAGAAACUUCAUCAAGAACCGUUUCACCUGAUGAAACAAGAGGUCAUCGAUAAAUUUGAAAGAAAAAACUAAACUAAACUAAACUAAAGAAUAAAUUACAUUUUCAUUAAUUUUGGAAUUGAAAUAAACAAAACGAAGAAUAAAUACAUUCCAGUAUACAUCACUGUCUAUCUAUUAUCAUUCAUUAACACAAUCAGACGCUUUUAGUGCUUAUGAAAUAUUUUAUAAAUUAAAUUGAACAAUGAAAUUCAAAUAAAAUGACAUUAGUAAAAAUAAAUCUAUUGUUUAUAUUUACAUAGAAAUUUUUAUAAAAGCAAUCAAUACUACUGCAAAUAUAUUAGAUAAUAAUUAGAAAACAGGAAAAAAAACUUUUUUUUAUUUUUAAAAAAAAAUCACUAACUCAUUGAUGCGGAUGCUCUGCUUUUUUUUUUUUUCUACAAUUUUCUUCGCUUUUUUGUUGUUGUUGCUGUUGUUCUCGUUGUUUGGUUUUUACAGUGUUUCGUUUUCAUUUAUCUGGGUACAUGUAUAACUAACUGCACAGAUGCACUCAUACACACACACACAUACACACAUUUAAUAUUAUUAAUCAAUGAACACAAUGUUCUUUCGUAUGAGAAAGAGUUUGUGUACCUUUUUCGUUUUGUAAUAAUAGUAUAAAUAAACAAAUAUAUAUAUAUAUAUAAAUAU